AUGGAGGAAGUCAUGGAUCUCAUUAAUGCUCACGGAUUUUCUACAAUGAGUUUUGAAUAUCAAGUAAUCAUGUUAAAGAUUGAACGACAAUGCGACCACUUUCGCCCAGAGGCGAAAGUCACCAUUUCCAAAGCUGUGGAAGAAUUUGUACGAAAAAUUUGCAAACAUUCAUUAAAGGAGUUCAACAAGCUACAAAUGAAAUUCCUUUCUGUGUGUGCAGAAAGCACAUUUUACUAA